GAGCUUUUCUCUCCCUAGGAAAAAAACAAAAACCUAUGGGACACGAGAGAAGAGAGGAGCGCAUCCGGCUGCACGGCCACAAUCCAACGGCAAAUGUUGGACUAGGGCACGAUUGCACGAACUACACGGUGAAGAGCCCUCGCCCCUGGUGCCGGCGGCGGAUUUGUGUUCUGCCUUCAUGCUCGCAAGCUCCGCUCCUAGUCUGCUCUCCUGCCUUCGACCGCGCGCUCUCUCUCUCGUCCCUUCUCUUGGCGAGCGACGGCUGGGUGAUACUGCUACGGUUGCCGCUACCAGAUUCUGCUUCAGUCCUGGAGAAGAUGCGGAAAAUUAAGAGGGAUGGUGGUGAUCUCACAAGAAGCUUGCAUGGGAACAAAAGAGCUAAGAGUGUGGUGACGACCUCGAAAGAAUCUUGCUUAGAAAUACGAGAGCCAAUCCAGAUCUCAGGUGACUUAGAUGGGGACUCAAAUCAAGAUGUCUUGACUGAGCUCAGUGAUGAAGUUAAAUCAAAUUUGUCGAAAAGUGUUGCCUCACUUGCUGUGUGCAGUGGGGACACAGUGUUAUUUGCAUGCUCAGGCUUAGCUAUAGAACGCCACGGAUAUGUUACAAGGUUUGUGACUUCAGCAGAAUUGGCUCUAGUUUUCAACAAUGAAAAAUACAAAGAAAAACGUCACAACGUAAAGAUUGAAGUGCGCCAUGAAGGCAGCGAAGUUUACCAGGGUUUUCUGGCAACCUAUGAUGUAGAUUACAACUAUUCUGUUGUCAAGGUCAAGACCUUCCUGGAUGUUAAUGUUGGACUUAUUGAACAUGCGGUAGGGAUUCUGCCUGAUGGUAAGGUGGUAGCUCUAGGGCGUGGCACCUGUGGUGAACUAAUGGCAAGAAGUGUGAUGCUGGCUGACGAUCUGAGUGUGUGUGAAGAUAUUAAAGAUCCUGUGUCGUCUAUGCUUAAUAUUACAAAGGCUUGGCAAGGUGGGCCACUUUUUUCUUUUGAUGGGAACUUUGUUGGCAUGAACCUUUUUCUCAUUAUGGAAAGAGCUUUUUUCCUACCAUGGGGUGUACUGCUCAAGCGGGUAUAUAACUUUCGGACACCCCUAGAAAGCAAGAAAGGUUUUCCACCGUCAGAAACUAUGAAGGGAGUCAGCUUUGGAGAAAGACCCAGAGAUGAGAUAUCGAACUGCUAUCAAGACGCAGUAUAUAGAGAUGGUCUCAACAAGAAACUGUUUGGGGAUCUAGACUUAAUGGGUUACCCCAAGCUACCAAUAACUAUGCUUGAUGAUGGCAUGAUUUUGGUUAAUACUUUUGAAGAGACCUUUGGUGACGUAUGGGGUGAAGGUGUCUGGAGGGAACUUGGUAAAAAAGCUUCUGAGAUAAGUCGCAAUGUUGUCGCACUUGCUUCCUUCAAUGGAAAAAAUAUGGUUUUUGCAUGCACGGGUUUUUUUAUUCCAUGGAAUGGGUCAACAGCCAUUCUGACAUCAGCUAGCCUGAUUAGAAAUGAUGGUGCUGAAAACAAGAUUGUUGAAAACUUGAGGUUUGAAGUAUUUCUUCCAAACGAACAAGUCAGAAGAGGGACCUUGAAGCAUUACAGUCUACAUUACAAUGUUGCUCUACUCGGUGUCGAAGAUAGCCGUGUUGUCCGACCACCAAAAAUUCAGCUUGAUUGUAGCAAGUCUCGAGUAGCAGCCAUAGGGCGUUGCUUCAGAUCAGGCACAUUAAUGGCCGCAAGUGGUCAGCUGGUUUCCUGGUCAGGCAGACUUGAUUGCAAGUUCGUUGUACGCUCGUCAUGUAAAAUCGCUAAGGCUGGGAUUGGAGGACCCCUUGUUAAUAUGGACGGAGAAGUUAUUGGCAUGAACUUCUAUUCAGAGAAAAUAGGAACCCCUUUCCUGUUAUGGAAUAAUAUUGGCAACAUUUUGGCAUAUUUUAAGGAGAAAAGCGAUGCUGAUGAAGUUGCCAAGGACAGUGGUUCCUCUUUCUGGAAAAUGAAUGGGGACCGCAGGUUUCGGUUAAACAGGUGGCCUGUGCCCAUGCCAUGUUGGCGUCAUCCUGACAAGCCAUGUCGGCGCUAUCCUUAUCACUGCGAUGAGUAUGUAACCAAAUCCAAGGAUGAGCCGGACAUUGAAAUACCACCUGGCGAGGAGUUUAGAUAUGGAUACAUAAGGGGAAAGAGAUAUAGAUACCUUGUAAACUUUACGAUUCCCCAGUGAGGCCCCGUGAUAGCUGUCACUGUGGAUCAAUCUCCCUGUCGUUGCAGCUGUUUGAGUUGGCUAGCACUCGAGAACAAAGAGGCUUUCUAUGUCCCCGUGUUGUUCAGAAGUUAGUGCUUUGUUGUGCAACUUAAUAACUGCCCGACGCACGUGCAAACAAUUCAAAUACUAGUUCAAUUUCAGUUGUUUUAAACGUCUUA